AUGUCUGCUAAUAUGUCUUCAGUUACAGGUGAGUCUCCCGACCACGCUGUAGACGUACCCCCACGUGCUACUAGAAUGGUGAAGAGAGAAGUGCCCCCGGACGGAAACCGAGCAUGGCUAUUUGUGUUUAUAGCCUACCUCCUGUCGGUUGUAGUUUCGGGGCUUCCUCCGUGCUUUGGCCCAAUAAAGGCUGCAAUUACGGAGGAGUUUCCAGACACUUCGACAAGUACCCUUGGCCAAUUUCCAUCUUUGGUCAGCAACUUGAGUCUUUUGCUUUCCCCCAUAGCUACUCUUGUGGUACUGAAAUGUGGUCCUCGUUUGAGUCUUUUUCUAGGAGGACUUUUUUCUGUAAUUGGACUAGGUUUAAGUUCUUUUGCUAAAUGUGCUGGCUUCCUAGUUUUCAGUUACGGAGUUGUGGUCGGGAUUGGUUCCAGUUUAAUAGUUGCAAGUUUGCUCUCCCAAAUUGCAGCUUUGUUUACCUCCCGCAAGCCUUUAGCUUUUGCCUUGUAUAUGUGCGGAGAGUGUACGGGGGCAUUUGUGCUUCCUUUUUUAAUCGAUUUUCUUUUAGGUGAGUACGGGUGGCGCAUGGUAUUUUUUGUUUUAUGUGUUUUGAAUGUGCCCACCUGUUUGGCUGCUGCUGCGUUCGAGAGGCCCGAAUUUUAUUUUGUCGAAAUUUCCGAGGAAGUGGAAAUUAAGAAUCCUACGGAAGAAGAAAGGCCAGCAAUGGUUGUUCCUAUUCCCGAGGUUCCAAUUUCAAGCUCCUUGAAAUUAUGGCAUAAUAUCAGGGACUCAACAGGGUUGACGCUCCUGAAGAAAUGGGAGUUGUGGUUGAUGUUGGUGGCUAUUGCUUCUCACGGAUUUGGCAGUGCAGGCUUGAAGUCCAUUUUUGAGAAUGGCCUGAAGGAACACGAGUUCCCGAUAGGACAUACGUACUGCUUCUUGAUGACGGUGUUUGUUCGAUUCACAUACGGCUUGUUUAGUGGGCAGUCUCGGAUUCCAAGGAACUUGGAAUACUUCCUAUCGUCCUUGGCCAAUGUUGGUGGCGCUAUUUUAAUGCUGGGCGUAGGUUGCGAGACAGUGGCUCACUAUCUGGUCGUUUUGUGUCUAAUGGCUAUCGGCAAUGGGAUUUGGGGAGUUCUGACACCCGUCGUUAUCGGCGAGAACGUAGGUUCUAUCCCCAAAGCUUUCGCUUGGAUCAAAUGUAUCCGGGGAAUUCUGGCUCUCCUCUUCCCAUUGUUGAAAGACCAUGUGAAGCAAGACCGUGGUCAAGAGGUGGUGGACGCGAUGAGUGCUGCGCUGAGAAUGAGGGGUCCCGUAAAGACCAAAAAGCUGAGCAUUCGUGAUGAAAAUGAAUGA